AUGAUACCCUUCAAUCAGUCAUACAAGUCGCGCCUGUCGCCUCUGACAAACAAGCGCCUCAAUCGCAACAUCUUGCUGACAGCAACUUUGUUCCUCCUCACAGGCGUAUUUUUCUGGAGCCGUCAUAAGCCAGUACUAGUGCCAGGGUUCCCCCCUAACGAGUUGUGGUUGGAGCCCGACGAAAUCAACAAGACGUACAACUUUCCAACAACGAGCGAAUUUCAGCCCGUAUCGCAGAGCCCCGGUAGCAAAACUACUAAGCAGUUAUGUGCCAGUUUCCCCAAACACAAGCUGUCGCGAAUCCAACCUGUUCUAAAGAUGGGAUAUAGCGAAAACCGAGACAAGAUCGAGUCGCAAUUGGAUAGUGUGAGCGCCUGCUUCUCCACGGACGACUUGCUAAUAUUCUCAGAUAUGGAGGAGACUCUGCGAGGCCACAAAGUUAUCGAUAUCUUGGCUUAUCUGCCGGAUACGUAUCGAAAGGGAUCGGACACCUCCAAGUUUCAGCAGUACUUGCUGCAGAAAGAGAUGAAGGAAAACAAGAUAUUGAAUGUGGAUAAAGAGGCCACUAAGAAGAUUGAUGGUUGGGCGUUGGAUAAGUUUAAGUUCUUGCCGGGAGUUGAGAGAGCGUGGGCUAUGAAGCCGAACAAGGAAUUUUACGUCUUUUAUGAGACAGACACGUAA